ACAGGAGGAGGGAGGGGGCCGGCCGGCCCACAGACGUGGAGGAGGGUGGAGGUCUGAAGCUGUAUUUUUGGAUGUGGGACCUCCUGAAUUAAACGAGCGAGUUGGAAUAAAGAUUUAGUGUGAGCUAAAGGAGGAGGAGGAGGAGGAGGAGGCAGAACAAGGAGAGCGCUGUGCUGAGGGGAGGGGAGGGGGAGGAGGGCUGGACAUCCCGGAUCCACGCACCCAGACCUGGGGGGAGACAGAGACGGAGGGUCCACUGGAUCAGGAAGAUGCCCUCUCGCUGCAGGAAUGCGCUGAACAUCGUGGUCACCACCCUUUUCGCUGCGGUGGUCCUCUUCACCAUCCUGCUGGCCUACGUCACAGGUUAUCAGUUCAUCCACACGGAGCAGCACCACCUGUCCUUCGGCCUGUACGGAGCCUUCCUGUCCCUGCACCUCUUCCUGCAGAGCCUCUUCGCCUUCCUGGAGCACCGGAGGAUGAGGGGUCCCGCCCGGCCUCGCCACCUGCGGCGCUCUGUGGCCCUCUGCAUCGCUGCGUACCAGGAGGACCCGGACUACCUGAGGAAGUGCCUGCGCAGCGUCCGCCGCAUCUCCUUCCCGGGUCUAAAAGUGGUGCUGGUGGUGGACGGGAACCGGCCUGAGGACCUGUACAUGAUGAACAUUUUCCAGGAGGUGAUGGGCGGGGCCGAACAGGCGGGCAGCAUGGUGUGGAAGGGAAACUUUCACAGCGACGGGGGCAGAGGGGGAGGAGUCGGGGGCGGGAGGAGGAGCGCGGCACACAUGGAGGAGACGGGUCAGGUGGCCCGGCUCGUUCAAGGCUGUCGGUUCUCCUGCAUCAUGCAGGAGUGGGGCGGGAAGAGGGAGGUGAUGUACACCGCCUUCAAAGCUCUAGGAGACAGUGUGGACUACGUGCAGGUGAGGACCUCAGUGUCGAAAUAUAAAUGUGUUUACUGAUGAAUGACAGUUAAUAACUGCUGAACAACAGCUAAAUAACUGCUGAACAACAGCUAAAUAACUGCUGAACAACAGCUAAAUAACUGCUGAACAACA